AUGAACGCCCCAGACAGAUUCGAACUCUUCAUCUUACCCGAUGGCGUGGACAAAAUAAAAAUAACACCUGACACCAAGGUGCCCAACGCUGCCAUCAUCAAGAUCGAAAGAGAAGACCACACAUUGGCCAAUUUGUUGCGUGCGCAACUCUUGAAGGACGAAAAGGUCAUCUUUGCUGCCUACAAAGUCGAGCACCCAUUAUUCGCCAACUUCGUGCUCCGUAUCCAAACGGAAGAUGACUACUCACCCAGAGAGGCAUUGAAGAAUGCAUGCUCGGGGUUGAUCAGCGACUUGGACGUGAUUAAGACCAGAUUCAAGGACGAAUGGGCCCUUAAAUCGUUAUUGAACACCGAGGAAGACUACUAAGGACGAGUGGGCCCUUGAGGCUUUUUUGACACCGAGGAAGACUACUAAGGACCUAGAUGGUUCCACCUGGCGAUGCUCAGCAUCUCCCUGUACAAUAUAAUACAUCAAUACAUAGCGAAAGACUUCAGAGAAAGG